UCAACAAGGCUUAUCCUAUUUGGGUUAAGCAAGAUCAGCUUAUUGCAUCAUGGCUCCUUUCCUCUCUGUCUGAAAAUGUGCUCAUCACAACUGUUGGGUUGAACACCUCUAAAGAGAUCUGGGCAUCUCUCAAACAAGGGUUUGCUAGUCACAGUCUAGCCAAACAAAUGCAGCUUAAGCUUGAGCUACAAGCCCUUAAAAAGGGAAAUAUGAAGAUAAGAGAGUAUUUCAACAAAGUGAAAGGCAUUUGUGAUCUUCUUGCUGCUGCAGGGCAUAAGAUUAGUGAAAAUGAUCAGAUUCUUCACUUGCUUGCUGGCUUAGGCUCUGACUACAAUCCGGUGGUGAUUAGCAUAACUUCAAGGACUGAAGCCUGCUCCAUGAUGGAGGCCUAUUCCAUCUUAUUGAGUUUUGAGAGCAGGCUUGAGAGUACUGACAGCACCAAUGAGGGAGAUGGAUCAUUCUUAGCUGCAAAUCUGGUCACACAUUCCCCUAAUAGAGGUGGCAGAGGUUUCAACUCCUUUAGGGGCAGAUCCAAUGGUCAGAAUCAGACCAACAGAGGAGGAAGGAGCAAUGGUAGGUCUGGGUCUUCCAGAGGAAGAGGAGGAAGAGGCUUUGGCAACAAUAGAGCUCGAUGCCAGAUAUGUGGUUAUAAUAACCAUACAGUUGAUAAGUGCUACUACCGUUUUGACAUGAACUUUGUCCCUAAAUCUCAGAACUCCAAUGGAAGCUACCAAGGUCAAGCCAACAGUACAAUGUCUUUAGCUAGUAUGGUUAACUAUGGCAGUCAGUCAAGUGAAGGAUCUCAAGACAUGAUCUGGUUUCCAGACUCAGGGGCUACACAUCAUAUCACAAAUGAGUUGAAUAACCUUACCUUAGCUUCUGAAUAUGGUGGAAAUGAGACCAUCCAAACUGCCAAUGGGACAGGUAUGUUGAUUGCUCAUUCUGGUAAAUCAAUGAUGAAAGGCCAUUUUCCUUACCAUUCCAAUGCUUUUCUUCUCAAUAAUCUUAUGCAUGUCCCUCAAAUCACAAAUAACUUAUUAAGUGUUUCUUA